GUGUGUCUGUGUGUCUGUGUGUGUGUGUGUGUCUGUGUGUGUGUGUUUGUGUGUGUGUGUGUGUCUGUGUGUGUGUGUCUGUGUGUCUGUGUGUGUCUGUUUGUGUGUGUGUGUCUGUGUGUGUGUGUCUGUGUGUCUGUCUGUGUCUGUUUGUGUGUGUGUGUGUCUGUGUGUGUGUGUGUCUGUGUGUGUGUGUGUCUGUGUGUGUCUGUGUGUGUACAAUCUGCUGAACUCAGUGGGUCGAGCAACAUCUGAAGCAGCUAACGGAUGUUUCUGGUGGACACGCUGCAUUAGGGCUGUCAUCUUUUCCCCACUGUCUGACCCCCCCUCUUUGUCCCACCCCACCCCCCCGUCUCUAUGUCUGCCUGUCUGUCUCUCUCUGUCUCUUUCUGUCACAUUGUCACACAGCUGGAAAACAGGCCUUUCCACUCAUCCCCUGUCUCUCUGCCUCUCUGUGUGUCUGUGUCUCUCUGCCUCUCUCUCUGUCUCUGUCUCUCUCUCUCUGUCACAGUGUCACACAGCUGGGAAACAGGCCUUGCCGCUCAUCCCCUGUCUCUCUGUCUCUGUGUCUGUCUCUGUCUGUCUGUCUCUCUGUGUCUCUCUGUGUCUGUCUCUGUCUGUCUCUGUUUCUGUCUCUCUCUGUCACAGUGUCACACAGCUGGAAAACAGGCCUUUCCACUCAUCCCCUGUCUCUCUGUCUGUCUGUUCUCUGUCUGUCUCUCUGUGUCUGUUCUCUGUCUGUCUGUCUCUCUCUGUCACAUUGUCACACAGCUGGAAAACAGGCCUUUCCACUCAUCCCCUGUCUCUCUGUCUGUCUGUUCUCUGUCUGUCUCUCUGUGUCUGUUCUCUGUCUGUCUGUCUCUCUCUGUCACAUUGUCACACAGCUGGAAAACAGGCCUUUCCACUCAUCCCCUGUCUCUCUGUCUGUCUCUCUGUGUCUGUUCUCUGUCUGUCUGUCUCUCUCUGUCACAGUGUCACACAGCAGGAAAACGGGCCUUUCCACUCAUCCCCUGUCUCUCUGUCUGUCUGUCUGUCUCUCUGUGUCUGUCUCUCUCUCUGUCUGUCUCUCUCUCCGUCUCUGUCUCUCUCUCUCUGUCACAUUGUCACACAGCUGGAAAACAGACCUUUCCACUCAUGCCCCGUCUCUCUGUCUGUCUGUUCUCUGUCUGUCUCUCUGUGUCUGUUCUCUGUCUGUCUGUCUCUCUCUGUCACAUUGUCACACAGCUGGAAAACAGGCCUUUCCACUCAUCCCCUGUCUCUCUGUCUGUCUCUCUGUGUCUGUUCUCUGUCUGUCUGUCUCUCUCUGUCACAGUGUCACACAGCAGGAAAACGGGCCUUUCCACUCAUCCCCUGUCUCUCUGUCUGUCUGUCUGUCUCUCUGUGUCUGUCUCUCUCUCUGUCUGUCUCUCUCUCCGUCUCUGUCUCUCUCUCUCUGUCACAUUGUCACACAGCUGGAAAACAGACCUUUCCACUCAUGCCCCGUCUCUCUGUCUGUCUGUUCUCUGUCUGUCUCUCUGUGUCUGUUCUCUGUCUGUCUGUCUCUCUCUGUCACAUUGUCACACAGCUGGAAAACAGGCCUUUCCACUCAUCCCCUGUCUCUCUGUCUGUCUCUCUGUGUCUGUUCUCUGUCUGUCUGUCUCUCUCUGUCACAGUGUCACACAGCAGGAAAACGGGCCUUUCCACUCAUCCCCUGUCUCUCUGUCUCUCUCUCUGUCUGUCUCUGUCUUUGUCUCUCUCUGUCACAGUGUCACACAGCUGGAAAUAGGCCUUUCCACUCAUCCUCUGUCUCUCUGUCUGUCUGUCUGUUCUCUGUUUCUCUGUUUCUCUGUCUCUCUGUCUCUCUGUGUCUGUCUCUCUCUCUGUCUGUCUCUCUCUCCGUCUCUGUCUCUCUCUCUCUGUCACAUUGUCACACAGCUGGAAAACAGACCUUUCCACUCAUGCCCCGUCUCUCUGCCUCUCUGUGUGUCUGUGUCUCUCUGCCUCUCUCUCUGUCUCUGUCUCUCUCUGUCACAGUGUCACACAGCUGGAAAACAGGCCUUUCCACUCAGCUGCUCCGUGCAGGCCAAGAUUCCCAUUUAAGCCCGGUCCCAGGUAUGGCCCCCUCUCUCUCUCAGGCCUACCGAAGGCGCUGGUGGAUGGCGAUUACGGCGGUGAUCGAAAACCUCCUCUUCUCCGCCGUGCUGCUGGGAUGGGCCUCCCUCCUCCUCAUGCUGACGAAGGAGGGCUUCUACUCACACCUCUGCACAGGUAAAGCAAACACCUGCCGGACUCUGCGGGCAAAACGGUCGCUGCUGAACUGUUACUGUGCCGAGCUCCGUCGGACCCUCC